AUCAAACCUCUCUCGACCUUUUUGAGUAGAGAAAGUUUUACAACUUGAGAGCAAUUUUCCAAAGAAAAUCCCCAAAACCUAGGGUUUUUACUCGGGGUUUCGAGAAGAUCUUGGGGCUUAAAAUUUGUUGGAGUUGAGGGGAUUUUGCUGUGAAUUCUUGCUGGAAAUUGGGUUUCACUGAAAAUGUCAUCACAAUGAGAUUACAAGAAAUUCUAGGGAUCUGGAGUUUUCUUUAUCAUUCUUCACAAAAUGGUGAAGGAUGUUGAUGCUACAAGUGGGAGUUCCUGUUGUGAAGAAUAGCAUUUUCUCGCUUCUUGCGGCUUGAAUGAACCAGCCUUUACAAUGUGGAUUCAGUGAGUGUUACUACGUUUAUUGAGAGGUGGAAUCUGAUAGCUGUGUCACUUUCAUCCCGGGUAUCCUUUCCAAGAUCUGUGGUACUAUUAGUAUUUUCUAACUGCUUGAAGAGAGGUGUGCGAAAACUCUCAGGCUGAGAAUUGGUUAACGGAUUCAUUUGCUAUCCUUUGAAUUGAGCUAGAGAUUGUUCAACUCAUGCACGAACCUCUUAGUGAACCAGGCAGGAAGCUGAAUCAGCACAAAUCAUGGUGAUGGUGUCUAAUUCCAACCCUCACAACAAGGAAAUAAGUAUCAGAAGGAGAAUUUCUGAGAUAUACAAUAAACGGGAGGAGGAUUUCCCAUCGCUACGGGAAUACAAUGACUACUUGGAGGAAGUAGAGUGCAUGAUAUUCGACUUGAUAGAAGGAAUAAAUGUCGAUGCAAUAGAAGAAAAAAUAAAGAAGUACUCUCAAGAGAAUGCUGAACAGAUUAUGAUUAAUCGAGCCCGCAAGGCUGAAGAGUUAGCUGCAGCCAUAGCAGCUUGCAAAGGCCAACCCACACAGACGGAUUCAGAUAUGUCAUCAAACCAGGGCUUGACGGUUGCAGCCUCUGGGGGUCAGCCACCACGGCCAAUGGGAAUGGGUCCACAACCAGUGCCUAUUGGAGGAGGGCCGGAACAUCAACUUUUUGGUUUUGAAGAUGAGGAAAUGAUGAAACUCAAGGCUGAGAGAGGUCCUCGGGCUGGAGGAUUCUCAAUAGAGAUAAGCAAAAGGAGGGCACUUGAAGAGGCAUUUGCAAGCAUCUGGGUUUGAUUCUUAUGCGGAGAACAUAAUGUCACAGAUUUCUCAUUGUUAAAAUACAAAGGACAACGAUUUCUUAACUGUAAUAGAGUUAUCUUUGUUGUCUCUGAUGACUCUGGUCGUGUAAAGGAUUUUGUGGCCUUUGCAUGAAAGAAAGAAAGGCCUUCUUUAUGAUAUCUUUUCUCGCUUA